UCGAAAAUCCAACUUACCUUUCCCCGUGUAUGUUUAUGGCAAGCCAAAGCCUCUCGCGACUUUUUUUUAAAAUAAUUUUUCUAAUAAUAUUCUAGCACAUGGACAAUACAUUUUAUUCUUUAAAUAUAUUUCAUAAAGUGAAUAAUUUGCUAGUAUUAAUUCAAUCGUAAACACCAUUCGAUUUAAAUCCCAAAUCAUAAUAAUCAAAAUCAAAAAACUAAAGAUACAACAUUUUUUUUCUUUUAUCAUAAAAAAAGAAAAAAAAAAAUGAUCAUGCUCCUUGUUAUGUGCUGAAAGAAAAAGUUCUUAUUCGAAACAAAUAAAAAAUUAUUAAUUUAACAUGGAUCCGGUAUGUGAGAAGAAGUAUAACUUCCUUCAAAAAUAUGUCCCAUUUCUGGCCAAUCUAAUUAAGCUGCUGGCCAAUGAUAAUGAAAAACAGGGCAAGUUGGCACAAAUGCAAUUGCUUUACGAUUUAUUGAACAAGCCGGACAAUAGUGUACAAAUCGAGACUUUAGAAAAGUGCGAAGAAGUGCUUUGUCGUGUUUUUGGCAACACCGAUGAAAAACUAGCUACAGCAGUUGAAUGGGUUAUGCCGAGUCCUUUUAUUAAGGCGGAGCUGCCGGAGGAAGUUGACGAGAGUAUGGAAAAAGUCGAAGACGCAAAUUGGGAAAAUUUAAAUGGGUCUAUUGAACUUAAAAAUGAUGGUGAAUCAACUUGUACGAACGAACCAGAAUUAAGUUCAAAAAAUAGUAUCGAAACUGAAGAAGGUGGUCAGACAUACAAUUCUGAGACCGAACACUCUAAACAAGAAUUUUUUGACAAAGACAACAGCAAAAAAGAUAAUUCACAAGAACGAAUGUUGUCUAAAUCAAAUUCAGUUGAGGAAGAACAAAACAAAGAUAUAAUUUCAGAUAAAUUCAAUGAUGUUGCAGCUAAAAAAGAAUCUGAAGACAUAAAUGAUACUGCUGAGAGUAGUGCAGUCAAACAAAUUAAUGUAAAUGAUUCUAAAAGUGAACAAGAUACUGAAGACAUAAAUGAUACUGCUGAAAGUAGUGUAGUUAAAAAAAUUAAUGUAAAUGAUUCUAAAAGUGAACAAGAUACAGAAAAUGAAGCUAAACUAAGUAAUGAACACGAAACAGAAGUAGAAACACAAAAUAGCAAAAAAAUACCAGAAAAAACAAAUGAUAACCAAGUUACUAAAGAAAAUAUACCAGAAGUAGUUGAUUUAAAAUCAAAUUCAAUAAUAAAUAAAUCAGAAUCAGUUGAAACAACUAAAGAAACUCCACCAAAAUCUGAAUUAGAAAAGGAUAAUACUACGGAAAAUAUAAUAAUGCCUUCAUCUAAUAAAAAAGAUUCUAAUGAGUUCAAUGAAGUUGAAACAAAUAUUGAAACUGAAAAAGGUUUAUCUAUGUCUAAUAACGAAAAACAAGUAAGUCAAAACGAAUCUGAACCAAUGCCUCCUUGUGUCGAAAUCAAAGAAGAUACGAAUGAUACAGUUAAUGCAGUUAAAACUGUACAGACAUGCGAAAAACCUCCAGACGAUUUUAAUGAAAAGCCUAAUUUAAUCUCAAAUGAAUCCGAUUCCAACAUCUUAUGUGAAAAAACUAGUUCAACUUGCGAAGCUAUCCCGAAGAGUGAUGAAAAUCUCCACUCCGAACAACAAAAGAUUUCGUUGUGUGUCGAUAAUGAAGUAGAAGCAUCAGGCAGUGACAAAAUCAGAACGGAUAACCAAAGGGAAAGUCUCGCUCUCGAGCAAACGAAAAAAAAAGAUGUAAUCGAACAAAGCCAAACAGAGAUGUUAAAAUUAAAAAUUGUUUCAGCUGAAAGUCUAGCUGCAACGGACACAACUCCAAAUGAUGUUGAAGAAAAAAGAGACUCACCUGAAAUUCAAUCAAAUGAUACUGCCAACGAAAUCACGACGACAUCUGAACCCCAAAAAGAUGUCUUGGAUCCAUUAGAUCCUUUGAGUCAUGUCACAGAAACACGUUUGGAAACCAAUAAAACAGCAGAAAACGGUUCAACUUCUCCAAAAAUGCAAAACAAAGAUGAUGAUGAUGAUGACGUACUUUUGGUAGAAAACCGUUCAUCCCCAAUAUGCAUUGAUUCAGACCCCGAGGAUGAAGAAAAUAUGAAAGGAAAUCGUUCUUUUCCUGUCAUUUCAAGUAAUCUUCCACCAAAACAAAAACUACUACUAUCUAAACCUACUGUAAGAAAAUCGACCGCAGCGGUUAUGGAAACUAUUCGAAACAUUAUUUCCAAGAAUCAAAACAUAACGCCCAAACGAAAACCUCCAAUUCAAAAGAAACCAACAAACAGUCGAGAUGUGGCGUUUGUAAAUAAAGAUCCUAAGGCUCUUAUGGAAACUAUUGACCUCUUAGACUCUGAUUCUGAUGAUGAACGACCCAAGCAUAAUAGCAAACAGUCCCAAACAAACACAAAAGCCGAUGAUGAUGUGAUAAUUGUUAGUUCCACACAUCCUCAACGUAAGUUUCUGGCAAAGAAGCUAAAUCAAACAGUACCAUCACCAAAACAGAUUCCUAGAUUUCAUUCAAAAGUAAUAAAUAAAUCACCAGCUAAACCGGCAACGGCACAAUCAAAUUUUUUGAAUGCUGUAAACCUUCAGCCGGCUAAGUCAAGUUCUUCAAAUCCAGCUACGUUUUCUGCAAGACUUUCUAAUAAAAAAGUUAUAAUACCGAAUGCAUUUUACGGAAAUCCUUCAUAUAACAGGAAACCGUCAUUAUCGUCAAAUUCAUCAGCACCAUCAAAAGUAAACAGUGGAAAUCAUGACGUAUCUACUUCAAAUGUUUCUUCUUUAACACCACCUACACGUGCUGUAGGUGUUUACUCUGGAGUCAGCAUUCGACAUGUGCAGGACAAAGUGCUGAAAGAAUGGCUGGAAGGUUUUUUAACAAACUUUGCUAGCCCUUUGCAAAUAGCUUCUCAUGCGUGCUUUGUGCUUCUCCAACGCGUUUUAAAGUACAGAUUCUUUCAGCGUUUAAAGGAAACGCGUAUUUUUUUAAAUCAAGCAGCGAAAAAUUGUUCCGCUGAGAGCGUAGAUGUUCAAAUGUUAUUAGAUUUGCGAAAUGUUUUUCUAGAAAAUGAUUAUUUGACCGAAGCUGGUAGGAGAUUUUGUCGUUUUGCAACGAAUGAUGCAUUUGGUAAGCCGGUGGCAUUGACAACGGAUUCUAGAACUGGCAGAGUAACUUGUCGUACAAGAGUGGCUUCUAAAGGGGAUUUACCUACGAAUAUUGCUAGAAUUCCAAACAGUUCAUUUAUAAGGAGUCCAAAGCCUAUUACACCAGACAAAGCAGCAGCUUCAACAGCUCAGUUACCCGCAUCAACACCUACUACAACAGCUUUUAACUCCAAACCAUUUGUUAAUUCUACUAAGAUAUGCCCAUUGCCUAGCACAUCAACUCCUUCGUCAGUUCCUAAACGAAGAGGAAAAUUCCGGAAAUUGAGUGAUGGAUUAGUGGUAGCUGAAAAAGAUGAGGAUGACAAUGAUUAUACACCUGCACAUGAUGAGAUCGAGCCAGAAGCAGAGAUUGUUACUGAACGGAAACGAUCCUUGCGUACAAACCGUACAAAACGAAAGGAAGCGGGUUUUACAUACAGUGAAGACCAUGAUGAUGAAGAAUUUGAAGCUAUAGCUAGAAAAAUUGAGAACAAAAAAAGAGAAGAAUUGAGAUUGGCCGAAGAGAGAGAAUUGGAAUUGGAGAGGGAACAGUUAGAACAGCAGCGCAAAAUGAAUAAAAAGACUGUAGCUAAAAAGACGACUUCGAAACGCAGUGGUGGACAAGCUGAUAAUCCAAAAGGACCAACUCGUAAAAAACUUCGCUUAGCUAACACAUCAAUUGUAGGUUCGGAAGAAAAUGAUCUUUUAACUCCCACCUGGAUAGAAGCUGAUGCAGAUGAUGGGGAAGUAGACAGCUUGUUAGAUUUUGCCGAUGAACCCCAAUCACCAGGUAUAGACACGAAUACAUAUUUAGAAACGGACAAUGCCGAUGAAAAUUCUUUCCAAAACGAUGAAACAAUAGAGGAGGCAUCUCAAGAGCCAUCAGAAACAUUUGAUUUGCAAACAGAUAAAACAUUGAAAAAUAUAGAUCGCAAUCAACAUUUACACAAUAAAACACAUGAUUUUUGUGUGCAUUGCCAACGAAGAGUUCCGCGAAUUGUACACCACUAUGUGAAUGAGCAUCGUUCUUCUGAGGUGUUCCCUUCCCGUCUUCGGAAUAGAGAUAUUCGACGGCUGCUUACAACGAGCAAUGUUGGAUUUGUGCAUCUUUACAAAGGAAAUCAGAUACAAUAUGCUGCUCAUUGUAUUUUUUGCGACAAAGAGGCCAAGUUUUUGUUGCCUUAUUGGUUCGAACAUUUCACCAUGCACACAGGAGAAUAUAGCUUCAAAUGUAGCGGAUGUCAUAUAUUAAAACCAACUAGAAGUCUCCUCACUAAUCACAUACAAUCAAAUUCAGGUUGUCCGAAAAAAGGUUCAGCAAUAAGGUUGGUCAAUUUCGACACCAAAGUGCAUCAAAUCGAAGCGCACAUAUGUUCAAUAUGUAAUUAUACACAGUUACAUAGAAAAAAUCUGCUGCGACAUCUUCGAACGCAGCAUGGUUUAGACACAAUUUCACCUGAUCAAAUUAUAAAAGUUGUGCUGCUUCAAAUUUCUGCGCCUAAUCAGGAUGCAGCUAAAAACGAGGAACCACAAUUGGCAUUUUUGCAACAUUCAGAUGAUGAAGACAAUGGCAUCAAUAAUGUGUCUUUGGAUGAAAAUUCCUUGAUGCUGCAACAUGAUUUUACAGACAAUGAUGACUUGUCAUUCAUGAUUUGUGGAAUGCUGGAUGUUCAAACGAAUUUGUCACCAACCGGUUAAAAAACGAAAAAAAAAAUACUGUAGAUAACAAAUAAGUACUUUCAACUAUUAAUUCUUAUCAUGUUUUUGGUUUUUAUUUCAGUUUCUCAGCUACGUUAGGGUCUCACAAGUCUCAUUUUCUUUUUUUAUUAUUUUAAAUGUAUUCGCUUAUUUUAAUAUUGCUUCAAAAAUCAUAUAUUUUUUUUAUUCUUUAAGAAUACUUUUAUGUGUAUAGGUAAUGCCAGAACAACAAAUUUAAAAAUGGCCAAGGUAAUAGAAGUGCUACUGUUAUGUUAGGCAAUAAAUUAAAGUUACAGACAAAAAUUCAUAAAGAAAUAAUGCAAUGUCGAAGAUGUUAUUCACUUUUCAUUCUAUAUUUAUAUGAUACUUUAUUUAAUUUAAAAUAUACAUUUUUUUCUUUCAACCAGCAACUAUAAAGUACUAUUAUUAUAUUUUUUGUUUACAUUCAUAUAAUUUUGUUUAAAACUUCUCUAAAUAUACAUAAAUAUUGCUCUGGCCAUAAAAUUGUAUAAUUUUUUGAAAAAUGUAAAUGAUGUGUCUCAAUUGAGUUAUAAUAUUAUCAGGUUAUUAUUUUACUUGUAUGUUUUCUUUUUUAAUUAUUUUUUUUUUGCAUUGUUUAAAUUUCAUUCAUAGUAAAUAAAAGUAUACAGAAAUAAACAAACAAGAUUUGUUUUGAUUUGUAAAAAAAAAACAUGUGUAGCAACAUUUUGUUUGUAGUUCGAAAAGUGUAUAGGUUAGGUUCGUUUGCAAUAAUAACAUUAUUGGAAAUCAAAAGCAACAAGUUAUCUUUAAUAAAUUACACAUUACAAUUAAAACAAAGUUGAGGAAACUUUUAAGUUUAGUGAAUAUCUAUAAAUAAAAUAAAAGUUUAAAAAUUUA